AUGGGGUUCUCGGUACGGAUAUUCAUCGUUGGAUUGCUGUCCACAUGUGCUUCACUGCUACUCGUUGCGACCGUCUUCUUGAAUGAUCUCUAUCUGGAAAUCCAGGGAAUGGAUCAAGAGCUAUUUGUGGAGAUGUCGGCCCUAAAGCAAGAGGAUCCAAGGGACCGCCAGGCGUUCGUGGCCUUCGUGGUUCUGUUGGUGAUGCAGGACAACCAGGCGAGCCAGCUCCGCCUGGGCCACAAGGGCCUCCUGGUGAACAGGGAGGCCCAGGGCCACGUGGUCAGCCCGGUUAUGAUGGAGGCCCCGGGUUGGAUGGUGUGGAUGGUGGACCCGGAGAAGAUGCCGACUAUUGCCCUUGUCCAGAUCCGUAAGUGGGAAGACUACAAAGAGUAC